GGGGAUGCUCACCCCUUCCUGCCCCUCUGCCAGGUCUCCAGGCAGGGUCUCACUGCUGAGGACCUCUCACUCUGCCGAAGGCAGGGCCCACUGCCUCCACGAUGGCGAGAUGGCUGCCCCGCUCCACCGACCUGACCCGCUUCUGCCAGAAACUCAACCGAGUGAAGACCCUGGAGGAUGACAUGAUGGAGACAUCCUUCAACAGAUGCCUUUCCACCAUCGACUUGACGCUGCUGGGCAUUGGGGGCAUGGUGGGCUCCGGGCUGUAUGUCCUCACAGGCACUGUGGCCAAGGAGAUCGCUGGCCCCGCUGUCAUUGUCUCCUUCAUCAUCGCCGGCUUUGCCUCACUCCUGGCUGCUCUCUGCUACGCCGAGUUUGGAGCCCGUGUGCCCAAGACAGGCUCUGCCUACAUGUUCACCUACGUGUCCGUGGGUGAGAUCUGGGCCUUCCUCAUCGGCUGGAAUGUGCUGCUGGAGUACAUGAUCGGGGGGGCUGCGGUGGCCAGGGCCUGGAGUGGCUAUCUGGACUCGAUCUUCAACCACAAGAUCAAGAACUUCACCGAGACCCAUGUGGGUGCCUGGGAGGUGCCAUUCCUGGCCCGCUACCCAGACUUCCUGGCAGCCGCCAUCCUGCUGGUAGCCACUGCCUUCAUCUCCUUUGGGGCCAAAGUAUCCUCCUGGCUCAACCAUGUCUUCUCGGCUAUCAGCAUGGGCGUCAUCCUUUUCAUCCUCAUCAUGGGCUUUGUCCUUGCACAGCCCAAGAACUGGAGCACCCAGGAGGGCGGCUUCGCCCCAUAUGGGCUGUCAGGUAUCAUGGCUGGCACAGCUACCUGCUUCUAUGCCUUCGUGGGCUUCGACGUCAUCGCAGCCUCCAGCGAAGAGGCCAGGAACCCACAGAGGGCUGUCCCCAGGGCCAUCGCUUUCUCCUUGGGACUCGCCACCGGCGCCUACAUCCUGGUGUCAGUUGUGCUGACACUGAUGGUGCCCUGGCACUCGCUGGACCCUGACUCUGCCCUGGCUGAUGCAUUCUACAGGAGGGGCUAUGCCUGGGCAGGGUUUCUGGUGGCCGCUGGCUCCAUCUGUGCAAUGAACACGGUUCUGUUGAGCAACCUCUUCUCCCUGCCACGCAUCGUCUAUGCCAUGGCUGAGGACGGGCUCUUCUUUCAGAUCUUCUCCCGAGUGCACCCCCGCACACAGGUGCCCGUUGUUGGCAUUGUGGUCUUCGGGCUGCUCAUGGCUCUGCUGGCCCUUGUCUUCGACCUGGAGGCCCUGGUGCAGUUCCUGUCCAUUGGCACGCUGCUGGCCUACACCUUUGUGGCUGCGAGCAUCAUCGUCCUGCGCUUCCAGCAGCAGAAGGUGGAUGUCCCUGCACCGGCAGCUGGUGGCCGGCCCAACCCCGAGCCCCACGAGGGUCCAUCCAGUGGUGAGCUGAAGGAGUACGAGUCCUUCUCCGACAAGCUGCAGCUGGUGGACAGGGACAAGAACAAACAGCAGCGGGAGCCAGGGCAGCUGAAGGCAGCGUUUGAGCCCUACCUGGAGUUCCUCAGCGACUUCUACCCAGGUGAGGUGGUCACAGUGGCCGUGGUGACCCUGAUGGUGUCUGCCAUCUGCCUCUGCUCCAUCUUGGUCUUUGGCCACACCCACCUCCACCUGCCCACCUGGAGCUACUCCCUGCUGCUGGUCCUCUUCAGCCUGGGCUUCCUGCUCAGCCUCCUCCUCAUCUGGGCACACGAGCAGCAGCACAGCACCCAGACCUUCCAGAUCCCCCUGGUGCCCCUCUCCCCGGCACUGAGCAUCGUUCUCAACAUCUACCUGAUGCUGAAGCUCAGCUACAUGACGUGGCUCCGCUUUGCAGUCUGGCUGCUCUUAGGCCUGCUCGUCUACUUCAGCUACGGCAUGUGGCACAGCAAGGAGAACCUGCGGGAGCUGCGGCCCCAGCACCUCAGCGCCCGCUACGUGGUGUUCCCCAGCGGCAGCCUGGAGGAGAGGGUGCAGCCGGUCCAGCCCAGCUCCCAGCCCACUGCUGGUCUCCCGGACACCGACACCGAUGACUGCAAGAGAUGACACCCCAGGGGAUGGGGGCACCUGGUGAUGGGAGCAUCAGAACCCCCUCCCACAGUGAGGCCAGAGACCCUUCCCCCUCCUCCUGGUCCCUAUGACAGCAGAGCCACCAGGGCUGCCCUGGGCGUGGGGCUCCAUCCGGAGAGGAUGAGGAUGCUCACCCUUACCACACGCUCCCCACAGAGCGUGGAGGGGCCGGCUCCCUCCCCCCCAUCCCCUGCACUCAGGAACUGGGUCUCAGCCCAGUGCCUGCCCUACUUACGAGGAGGCGUGUCCUUGUCACCUCUCCCCGAGUGCACCCUGGCACUGUGCAGCACACCUCCUGUCCACUGGCACAUCCAUGCAGCCAGGGAUGCAGAGGUUCCCUGGGGAGUGGGACAGGAAGCCCAGCGCUGCCUAUCCUGGCUCUCAUCCUGUCUGCAGCUCCGACUGCAGCCCCCUUUCCUCCUGCGGAGCCCUUCUGCCUCCCUCAGAGUCCCUUCAGAAGGAGGCAGGGACCUCCCCACAAGCAUCCCUACCAUCCCUGCCAUCUGCGCCGUCCCCAUCCCCAGGGCUGCUCUCCUCAAAGGUUGGGACUGAGGGGGCGAUGGUGGAGGAGGUAGAGAAGGGACAUGGCCAGAGUGGGU